AUGUCUUCCGAGACGGUUCACCCUACAAAAGAUCUAAAUACUGUUAUGUUGAUCCCACUUUCAGUCAAGAACAAGAUUGAAUUAACUCAUGGUACUUUGCCUAAACAGUGUCCAGAUGUCGCUACCGCCUAUCAAUCUAACUUGGGUGUAGUGUUGGUUUUUGAUUCCGAUUUUCUGGAGUUGUUGUUGAAGAUUCACCACAUACAAAACUACAACCGCCUUCCUCCGACAGCCUUCCAAUCGAACGAUGAGGUAGCAGUCGAUCUGAACCCUAGAAAUUGGUUUGUUCACCAUAUGGUUGACUAUGCCUUCCUCCACCCUUCCUCCGACGUCGUUCCCCUCUCCGAUGUAGAAAAGAGACUCCUUUACGAAGAACCGACAGAGAGAAGAUGCUUUUCUGCUUCAAACCUCAACCAGAAGACAGAGUUGGUCGAUGAGAUCGAAGAGGGAGAUAUCGACAGGAGAAGACCGGAAAGGGGAAAAACGCAGCAACUUUGUCGUUGCUGCUUCUGGUCAGAGGGAACGGAAGAAUGGGAACCUGCUUUGUUACAGGAAUUCAGUGGUGAUGUAGACAACUGUUUUGGUGGUUUCUCUGAAGAAAAGGGAAGAUUCAAGACUGAACUAAUUGAUCAGGACAGAGACAUGGGAGGUGUCAAAGAAACUGAAUCUCAUCAUUUCAUAAUAUUAGAGAAUCUGGAGAAAGAUCUAUCUCCAGUCUUGAUGAAAGACUUCAUUUAUGAACAAGCUUCAAUCGCAACACAUACUUAUGUUUUUCAAAGCCUGUCAAUUGAACCAUAUGCAAGAGGAGUAAUUAUUGUGGAUAGCAAACAAAAGCUGAAGAGGAUGCAUGAAUUUAUAAGCAAUCCAAAUCACUUUAUUAUAUCUACUUUUUCUGGAAGGCCAUGGGUUAUAGCUGAAGACAUGCUUAGAGCUGAAACUUUCAACAUAAUGCAGAUCCUGCAGCCAAAGUCUGAGGUUUGUUCUCUACCUCUGGCCGCCAACAGGGAAAAGAAUGGAAGAAGAGGUGUCAUCGAUUUCUCAGAAAAAGGAGUGGUGUCUGUCGACGUGUCAGGCCAGACGCAGGUGUUGACGUCCACCGUCUCCUUCACAACCUUCGACGGUGAUGUGGAGGAAUUGCUAUCAGUGCAACCACUUCUCCAGAUCAAACUACGGAAGCUUCUAAAGAAGUUGCAAUAA